CUUGGCUAGAUCAAUGAUAUGUUGUGACAGGGCGCCAGAAUGAUUUCCGCAUCAACAACAUGAGACAUCAAAUUGCGAGGUCACAUCUACGUGGUCUAACAAUCAGUAUCCCUCCUUCUAACCUAGCAAGAUGACGCCGGUAAACGUGCGCCGAAUUCCCGCACUGCUUCUCGUUUUCGCAUUAUUAAUCGUAUUGUCUUUUGCGCGCAAAGAAUCGGUUCAGUCCAUCGCCACAUCUUCGACCGCUUCUGACCACACAUCGACAUCUGCGAGCGCACAAUGGAGCGAUUCGAAGUCGCGGAGCGGAGAAGAGCCCGUCAGUGGGCACAGCGCUGCUGUAAGAGAAGCUGAAGGCAUACUGCGAAAGAUCAGCAUAUCGAGCGGAUCGAACUUUGCGCGAUUCGUGCGCAGACCGAAAGGAUUCGUCGGGAAUGUGCUGUACUACGGUAAAGAGCUGUUUGUUCUGCUGUUCAUGAAUUCGCCCAAGCACUCCGGAUCAACUUCCAGCGCAGACGUGCAAUCGAGGCUCAGUCAACCUUUGGCGCGAGCCGUAAAGCUGCUGGAGGAUGCAGCAAACGAUGACGACGCCGAUGCCAUCUUCCUGCUGGCCGAGAUAAACUUUCACGGCAACUUUUCACACCCGAUAGUCUACGAUGUGGCAUUUGACAGAUACGAGCACCUGGCGCAGCUGAAUGGAAAUUCGACUGCGCAGUACAUGCUCGGCUUCAUGUACGCGACUGGCUUGGCGCCGUCUGUGCCCAGCGACCACGCGAAAAGCAUGUUAUAUCAUGCAUUCGCGGCCGAAAGUGGGAAUACGCGGUCGGAGAUGACAUUGGGAUAUCGAUACUUGACUGGUGUGGCAACUCCGCGCAAUUGCGACGAGGCUGUUCACUGGUAUAAACGAGUCGCCGACAAAGCCAUCCAAUACUAUCGCUCUGGACCGCCAGGAGGUCGUAGCCUGGACCGAGAUGCUUACAAAAUCGUCGAUGAUUUAGGAGGAGUCUACGGCGAAGGAGCCAGUGUGAGCUCGACGGGUAUGAAUGCCAAACGUGGAGGGCCCACUAGUGAUGCACAUGCGGACGUCGAAGACGUGCUCGAAUAUCUUCACCUCCAGUCCUCCAAAGGCGACUUGACAGCUACGUUUGGCCUAGCACGUUUGCACUACGAAGGUGGUCGGGGUCUCAAACGUGACUUCAAGCUCGCUAAGCAAUACUUCAAGGAGGUUGCUCGCCUGGGCUGGACGGACAAAGGGCGUGCACGGAAGGACCUGGAUAAGAAUACCGAGAAGUAUGCUUCCAAAGCAGCAGGAUAUCUGGGAUGGAUGUUCCUUCGUGGUGAAGGUAUGGAACAGAGCUUUUCAAAGGCGAAGAUCUGGUUUACUCGCGGAAUCAGCAAUGGCGACGCACUAUCUCAAUACAGCCUGGGCCUUAUGUAUCUCGAAGGUCACGGUGUAGACCCAGAUGUCGCGAAGGCCAUCGAUUAUCUUUCCGCCGCAGCGGAUCAAGAUUUGCCUUUGGCGGAGACUAGCCUCGGUAUGCUUUUUCUCGACCAGGGAGACGUAUUCACCGCAGGUAAAUACUUUGACCUUGCGAUCCGAAGCAACCAUAUCGAGGCCUACUACUACCUCGCCGAGAUGAAUGAGCUCGGUGUCGGCCGCGACCGAUCAUGCCGCAAUGCCGCUUUCUUCUAUAAGAUCGUGGCCGAGAAAGCAGAAGCGAUCUGGAGUUCCCUGGCGGAGGCGGCUAAUGCCUACGAAGAGGGCGAAACCGACCGAGCGCUAAUCGGAUAUUUGAUGGCAGCAGAGCAGGGUUCAGAGGAUGCGCAGGCCAAUGUUGCAUGGCUUCUCGAUCAGAGUCAGCCACGUCGAUCGCUGUUGUCAAGACUCGUGUCCGCAGUUAAUCCAUCAACGACAAAAGUCAGCAAUGCUGCUUUGGCAUUGAUCCAUUGGACGCGAUCGGCCAAACAGCAAAAUAUCGACAGUCUGGUGAAGAUGGGAGACUACCACCUCCAGGGCUUCGGGACCGAAGCGUCGCCGGAGAACGCGGCCGCUUGCUACCAAGCCGCGUCCGAAAGCCCGCCCAAAUCUGCGCAGGCUAUGUGGAAUCUGGGUUGGAUGCAUGAGAAUGGCGUGGGCAUCGAAAAAGAUUUUCAUCUUGCGAAGCGAUUCUACGACCUGGCUUUAGUAACAAAUCGCGAAGCAUAUGUCCCUGUUCAGCUCAGCCUGUUCAGGUUACGAUGGCGUAGCUGGUGGAACCGCAUCACGCGCGGCGGCGUAAACGGCAUCGAAGACGAUCAACCAGAACGUCGAUCCUUGACCUUCGCCGAGUGGAUCGCGGCGUUUCUCGAAGCAGAUCAACUCUACCAACAGGAGCAUUACGAAGCGGACGACUGGACCUCCGAUCACGAUCACAUGCCCGGCGAGGAUUAUUUCGACAACGAAGAUUACGAUGAUGACAGUAUGAUCGAUACGCUCAUCCUAGGCGGGCUCGUGGCAGCGCUGGGUUGGUUGCUCUGGUAUCGACAACAGCAGCGUCGGCGGGUCAUCGAGGAGCAGCGCGCCGGCGCCAAUGGAGCAGGCCCGAACAAUCAAGCUCAGGCAGACGCGCGUCAGCCGGACCAGCAGGCUGAUGGUGGGUUCUUCCCACAGCCUGGUGAUCCUGCGCGGAACGAUUGGGCUGUAGGUGGGAUUGGGCUUUAGAUAUCUCCACCAAAUUGUUGUUGUGUACUUCCAGUGUUUUCGCCUGUAAUUGUUCUGUGUGUCAGGAUGUGCAACACACGCACUUUCAUCCGACUCUGUGAAAGAUAGUCUGGUCGAAGGCCUUGUGCAAUGGCGCACCAGCGCCACCUUCAAGGAUUGUUGCGAAGCUUAGGCCAGCUGCGUAUUCCGUGUCGUAGAAUGCAAGCACAAUGGACCCUGUGGAUCU